UGCCUGCAGUUGUGACCUGCGAGCUGCCGGGGUUUGCACACGCGUGUUCACGCUCAAUUAUUUUGUCGCGCGUUGCAAGGAUCGUCUCCGGAGGCCAUUCACCCCGCACUACCCCAGGCUCCCCACCCAGCCCACUUGAGACGCCGGACUCGAAGGAUGAGCUAAGCUCCGAACCUGUAGAAAUAUUUUUUUUUAGAGUCUGAAGGUUGUGGGAAGAGAGAGAGAGGGGAAGAAGAAAAAAAGUUCAGUGACUUUGAGCUGGGAUGCCAGCCAGCCCUGCUUCGCGAAAAGUCUCAGCCGCGUGGAGGAAAAAUGUAAAGUGAUUUAUUCGAGACAGAUUAUGACGGGAGAGUUGCUCACCCUGUUCGUCUACCCGGGAGGUAAGACCACAACUGAAGUCAAGGCCAGGGGACUGGUGGAUGAGGACUGUGGCGUGAUCCAAGUGGUUGUGAUUGUGAUGUGAACUACGUGAGUAGGUCGAGUUGUGCUGUGAUCUUCCCGCGCCGGGCAACGACAGCGGCGAGUUUUGCCGCGCGGUCGCAACCUCCCCAACUUUUCUCAACCAGCAUCGCAGACACCGACGUUACCUGAGUGUGAAGGUGGUGGUGGUGGUGGACAGGUGGGUUUGUGACCGGGCUUUUCUGGGUCUGUCGAAACCACAUGCGCAAAACUACUUGCUCACCCGACCUGCCACUGCCACGUGCUGCGAACCCACAGACAUCACUCACUACAGCUCUGUGUGUGUGUUUCUGGCCCCACACCAACCCCUUCGCAAAUCGUUCGGACUCGAGUGGGUAGUUUGCUGUGACGUGGGGUAUGUUACCCCAAAGGUGUGAUGUGUGGUUUAGGCAAUGACCAAGUUUUACGAUGUGCAAACUUGGCCGGCAGAUAGGACACUUCACAAGAUGCAAGAAGUUCGGCUCCUUUGAAGAUUUCGACCAAGGCGAGAGGCAAAUCGUUGUGUGGGGCAAUCACCGGAGAUAAACGAAAUCUGCAUUUCGACAUUUUCCUCCCUUUUUUCUCCAUUUUUUAUUGCAUCUGGUUAGAGAAUUCUUGCCAGUGACACGGCCGCAAUGUCUGACACCUGAUCGUCUCUGGAACCGUCGAGGCGUUGUUAACUGCCGUGAACGAGUGCGUUGGGCACCGGCUGCGAGGUUUCCGUGAAGUAACAACGAUCUUGUUCUGUCACGUGACUGCGAGUUUGGCACGCGGAGGACCCAGCAGCCAUCUACGAAUUCCAUGAUGCGGCUGUGGCAACCCUUCCUGUCUGAUAAUCCCGAGAAUGCCAAACUGAUAAUGAAGUGUUUAAUGACUCCAGAGGGGGGAAAGACGAUAAUGGGGAAAGAAGGACUUUUGUGACUUGAAUACUAGGGGCAGACAGGAGCAGGGGAAAAAAUAAUAAAGGUGUUUUAUUUGCUAUUUUUAGUUCCUGUCUGACAGCCACAGACCCAUGGAAAAGAUUUGAACGGGACAAUUCUGCAAAACGACUUAGAAGUUCACAGCAGUGGGUCGGUAAGACACCAUCCAUUGUGUGUUUGUAAUAAUGGCAGACAGCUGUUGUGCAGUGGAAUGUCGCUGGCUGCGAAUGAACAAGUCUGGGGCGAGGGAGGACUGCAGGGCGAGAUGAAUACAAAGGAGGAAGUGACGUCACUGGUGCUCCUGUACCACGGCAGCUGCGCUCGAUCGGUGACAAGUUGAGAUGUCGAACUCCAACCUGUGAUGAAGUCAGUUGAGACAGAACUCGGUGAAUACAAAAUGUCAGUUCAACCUUGAGUCCGCCAGGUGGUUCUUAUUACACCUGGUAACCGUGCCACAGUUCUACAGAGAUCCUUCAUCGCAUUGACUGAUCAACGGGAACAUUAAUAUAAAUUUCACGGUCUGCUCUUCUCUAAGUGUGGGAAACGAAUCGGACGGAGCAGAUCUUUAACACAUACACCCUCAACCCCCAGCACCAUUCUUCUCUCUGCAUUGUGUACAACGCAUUUGAAUAUUAGCGUGACCAACGUGGAUUAGAAGACAUUCUUGCCAACGUUUGCCAACAGUGCCUCUGCAAAAAUAUUCGACUGGUGAAAAAGGAGGGAACACCUUGGCGGUUGCCAGAGGGUGGUGAGCAGCACGCGACAGCGGGGAGAGAGAAGAAAGGGGGCGAGACGGAAGAAAGUAGGGCGAGUAGUUAGUCCACGCCUUGACAACUACCUCGGCGUCUGUGGAUACAGCUGAACUCCUGGCAAAGAACUAACACCCCCUUUCCCCUUCCCUCUCCCACCGCUGUAAGGUGUGCACGGGACGACGAGUGGUUCAAGUCUUAGCUCAGAGGAUGGGACAAGGUGUUGUGCUAGGGGGCGCUAUCUUGCUUUCAUCGUCGUCGAUGUGACGUUGCUGUUCCGCCGAGCAUUGAUUGUCGUCUACUGCAUGACGUGGAUACCUGAACACCCCGCCCCACUCUUCUUGUCCCCACCCUCCCCUAACCCGACCACUUCACCCGCGCUGUACCUCCACCCCGUGUACCCGUCUAGCAAAAGCCUCGAUGUUUGAAAGAGAGCUUACAAGCAGCGCUGACCUGGUGACAAACGGAACCGUUGAAAUAAACUGCUAGCCUUUGACAUCACGGCCUUCAAGUAGAGUGGACUUGUUUCAAUGUUGAUAGGUUUUUAUUUCGGCUUUUAAUUCACACGCCACCUCACCAGCCCUCACCUAUCCACCCCUCACCACCACCGUCACCACCACCAGCCCUUCCAGUGAUCGAUGACCACCAGGUGCCAUCGUGUGGUUAGCACCAGAACGAACGAGCAGACUGCCCAACGACAGAGAGGAAAUAGAAAAGAUCGUGUUCACUGAUCAGCUGUUUCGGUUUCGGGGGCUGUGGCGCUACCUGGCCGAACGGGUUUUGUCAGAUCCGCUGGCGGCGAGAGCGAGAAAGGGGAGACGACUCGUGACCUGUUACUAAGGCAUCGCUGGAAGAGUUACUGUGGGCGGCCUCACCUUGUCACGGCUCGGAGGGAGACACGCAAGCACCAGCACGGAUACGGAUGUGGGAUGCCAGGAUGGCGAAGUCCACCACCUGAGAGCGCCACCUUCCAGAUACCAAGCCUGUCUUCGCGGCAGGGUCCUCCGGGUACGCACGCGAGUUUUCGAUUGACAGCUCGUCUCUUGGAGUGCAUGUUGUAGUCAAGAGGUAGAGCCAACAAAGACAAGCAGAGAAAGCAUCAGCUUUGUGUUUCUACGUGUGUGGAACGAGAACAGGUCAGCUGUCAGCCUGAUGGCAGUGUGCAGCUGCGAUCAUCGCAAGAGUGUGGAAUAUGUGGAUCUGUGGAUAACACGCUCUCUUGCUUCAUCGUCGUGGUUCGUCCAGAAUUUGUGCCUCAGAUCUUUUUUUUUAUUUCUUGUCAUACAUUUUGUAAGAGGAUCGGUUCUUAGACAUGAACAACGUAUAUUAAAGACUCUCCAUUUCCAUCUUUGAAAGUUCUUCUGAUACAAACGUACGUAUGAUGCUGCUAACAAGAACUGACCUCUGACCAAUUUUCAAAGGAAACAUUAGCUCAAAAACAAGAAAGACAACCAAUUAGAAACCUCUUCAGUCAGCCAAGAUGAGUUGCCCUUUUAAAGUAAUGAAGGAAGAGGUGGCAGCACUCCGCAGCGGCAAAGCGGAGACGAACGCGACAUCCAACGGGUCACCAGAACGACUCGAGAGAGAUAACUCUAACACCAGGAAGGUGAAAUUCUCUCCGGAUGUGCCGGUGCUGGACAAGAACGACAUCCGGAAGUUCGGAGCCUACCCGACAUGUUACACAGUGCUAGAGGACGGCCCGGUGUUGAAAGUGAGAGAGAGUGCGACCUCUGACCCCAGUAACUGCAGGUCAGGGGAAGGGUCACCGAGAACGCGAAAGACCAGCAACAUCUCCGUUGCAUCAUCUAUAGGGUCGGAGGGAGACUCUACGGAGCUGACAAGUGAACGGAAGGUUGAUCUUAAUUUUCUCAUUGAAGGAGUCGGAGCUCUCAUUAUACCACUGGGCCGUUUUGUUCGCCGAGCUGUUGCAAACGUGAUAAACACACACAACCACAACAUUCUGCCCUAUUUGAGAUCCAAGCACGCCGAGUUAUUCUCAGAGGAACCGACUGUCCCCGAGACAUGUGACCCUGUCCUGUGGCAAGACUUCAUCGGCGAGGAGAUGGUUGAAAUGGCGGAAGUGGCAGCGACCAAGUUAGGUUGGAAAACAGACAUUUUCUUGCGGAAGCUGGGUGUGGAGUACUUUAAAUUAUGCUGCGAGGAGUACGGCAAGGCUCUGCGCGUCCUCGGUAGCAACCUGAUGGAGUUCUUCUCCAACCUGGACGGUCUACACGAGCAAAUCAAAACCUGUCCGCGCUUCCAAAACCAAAACCCGCCUUCCUUCCGGUGCGACCUGGACAAAGCAAACAAACUCAAUCUUCAUUUCUACACCUUUCGUCGAGCGACCUUAACCUUCGUGGCCGGUACGGUGGAAGCCCUGGCCCUGGCGCUCUUCAACGUGGCAGUGACUUUGACCGUGUCGCCCAACAGGGACGUGACGUCACCCCACCAGUUGUUCUUCAUCACGCCCUGCAGCAACGGCAACGACCUGCACCACGUCCGCAGUCGGCUGUUCGCGGACCAGUGCCGCGCCUCGCCCAAGCCCACGGACUCCAAGAUGAGCGUCAGGACGUUCUGUGCCUCGUUUCCGUUCCACGUCAUCUUUGACCGCAACCUGCUGGUGACGCAGCUGGGCGCGGCGCUGGUCAAGAUGGUGACGGCAGAGCGGGUGGCUGCGGAGGGUGGCUUGCACCUGGGGGCUUUGUUCCAGGUGGUGCGGCCGAGGGUCAAGAUGAGCUUCUCGGCCUUGUUGUCGCGCCUCAACUCCAGCUUCACCUUGCGCGCCAGGACUUUCGUCAGCGGGGGAGAUGGCAAGAGCAACGGCCGGCUGGGUCAUCAGGAGAUGGAGCUCAAGGGACAGAUGAUCUACCUGCAGGAGGCGGACGCCAUGCUCUUUUUGGGAUCUCCCAGUGUAGAAAAGCUUGAGGAACUGAUUGGCAAAGGCAUCUACAUCUCGGACAUUCCGAUCCACGAUGCCACCAGGGACGUCAUUCUUGUCGGCGAACAGACAAAGGCUCAGGACGGCCUCAAGAGAAGGAUGGAGCUGUUAAAACAGAGCCUUCUUGAAGCGAGCCGGGCAGUGGAAGAAGAAAAAGCGAAGAACAUAGACCUUCUGCACGAGAUCUUUCCACCAUCCAUUGCCACUAAACUCUGGAGAGGUGAGAGUGUGGAACCUAAAAAGGUUGACGAUGUCACAAUGCUCUUCAGCGACAUCGUGGGCUUCACCGCCAUCUGCUCCACCGCUACACCCAUGCAGGUGGUCAACAUGCUGAGCUCCCUGUACACCAACUUCGACAAUUUCUGCGUCAUUCUUGAUGUAUAUAAGAUAGAAACCAUUGGAGACGCUUAUUGUGUGGCUGGCGGUCUACACCGGAAGUCCAACUACCAUGCGCAGCAGAUUGCGUGGAUGGCAAUGCGCAUGAUGUCAACAGCACGCAACGAGAAGUCACAUGACGGCAACGUGAUCAAGAUGCGCAUCGGAAUUCACACGGGACCAGUUCUGGCGGGUGUGGUGGGCAAGAUGAUGCCGCGCUACUGCCUCUUCGGCAACAACGUCACUCUGGCCAACAAGUUCGAAUCCGGAAGUGAGCCACUGCGCAUCCACAUCAGCCCCACCACCUACGAACUUCUAGAAGCAACCCCGGGUUUUCAGUACGAACCACGCUCCAGAGAGACUUUGCCGGCGGGGUUCCCCGAUAGUAUCAAAGGCAUAUCAUACUUUCUAGAGGGCUACCUACACCCUGGUGUGCCAGAAUCCCAGAGAGAUACCACGGACCAUAUCGCAAAGGCGAUCGAGUUCUACAAAAUUCACCAGACGGACAACAUAACGCAAAUAUUUCUGCUUAAAAUUUGUUGGAACAUUUAUGAACGCUAUGUUAGCCUGUUGUUACAACCUUGCCUAAACGAACAUAGAAAAAAAUAUUGUUCCUAUUUAUGAAGAGGAUAGUCUGCUUUACGACUGCACUUCAGUGUGAUGUUUAGAACGUCAAAGCUCUUUGUAUUUUUGAUUAACUUUUUUUUGGAGACGCCUGUUUAACCAUUUAUUUGUGGUAAAUACUAUAUUCUUUUUGUGGCUGUGAUUAUUAUCUCUUGUCUGUGAUUGUAUUAUUUGGUAUUUCACCAAGGUAAGCUGAAGGCAAGAUUCACGCGCCAUCUGAUGGCUUUCAAUCAGAGGCGUUUGACGCCGAUGUCAACAACCCAGGCUGUCUCACCUCGAGUCCCUGUGUUAUUUCUUUAUUAUUAUUAUUAUUUUGGUUACUUUUUUGCAACUGGCCUUUUCACGCAAGCCCAUUUUUGCACACACUUAACACAAAUAUGGCGAAUUCCAUGUUCAUUGUUCGAUACUGACGACUAUAUUCCCGGUUCUCUCUGCACAAUAAUAGCCCUGACCCGAAAAAAAUGAUUUUCAAGGAAAUCCUCGAAUUGUAAAUGCUAAAAAUAAAUUAAGAUGUAUGCAUACUAAUUAAUAAAAAAAAAAUAAAUAAAAGUUCAUCUAUCGCAAAGAACACUGCAUGGAAAACGAAUUUAAUUUCAAUAAUUCCAGUCAAAUGGAUAAUUAAUCGAAGAAAUAUUUUGCGGUGAAACAGAAGUGUGAUGAAACGGUUAUGAUGAGAAAUAUUUCGUGAAGUCCAGAAUGUGUAUCGACGCUUCUCUCUAUCUCUCGGGUGAUGUCUGCAAAAGUACAGUAGUAAAGCAAGAAAAGAAAAAGGGAUUUGCAAACAGCUGGUCGUGGAAAGUAACCACAAGUCCCCCACAACUCUUGUGAACAAUUGAACACUAUUCACGAUCGACUGAAGUCAUUAGUACAGCGGACCUAGCGGAGCUUCGACCCGCUAACCAUCGCCUUUGCCAGCCGGGUGCAGUCUACCCCUGGCAAUUAAACCAGUAAAACAGGGUCUGGCCUAGCCAUUGGCGAUCUGUUUGAAGCAUCCAGUGCUAGUAAUUAACGUGGGGGAGAUCAGUAAACCGUAAUUAGUUUGUGUCAAGGCGCCAUCUGGCGGAUACCAAUCACACUAUCCAAUCACUAGGCUGUUAUUCUUUAAUAGCGUGAAAAUCUUCGAUGCUUCCAGUCAUGGUAGAAUAAUAAUAAUCAGACUUCUGUCACUUUUCUUAGUAAUAAUUCGCCUUUUUUAAUUGUUUUAUUAAGAGGAAGCAAAAGUUGUUCAUCAUUCCUUAACAGUAUUAAAUUAUACCAUUUAGUCUUACGGUUAGUGCAUCUAAUCUUAGAAAACAGUGUUUUGGUAUAAAACUUUUCACAUCAACGCAUUGUCUUUGGGUUAUUUAUUUUUUCGGAAACGUGCGAGCAUGAAUAAUUUUUGCAUAUUCUUCUGUACUUAGUGUGUAGCUCUUCAGAAGUAGCCUGCAAAAACAAUGUUUAUCGUCUACCCGCCUGUGAUUAUCACUAAUUAAUUCGUUGCUAAUGGAAGACAAAUAGUUUUAAAAGCAUAGAGAAGUUUUUAUAUAUAUAUAUAAAAUCUAUUCAAGGAAAUCUCUGUAAUGUUUGCUAGUUUGCCAUACUGUAAAAUUCAAGUUCUUUAAAAUAAAGCAGCAGAAAUGUUUAUUGUAAAA